AGGGACUCCCACCCGUCACUUCCGCCGCCCGCCUGGCCGACGGGUGACGCAGUUCCGGUGCUGCUCGGCGGCGCGGCGAUGGCGGACACGCUGAGCCAGCUGUACCUCGGGGCGGGACUGACGGUGCUGUCACACCCGCUCAUGUAUGUCAAGGUGCUGAUCCAGGUUGGUCAUGAACCAAUGGCUCCUACUCUGGGCCGGAACAUCUUCGGACGGCCAGUUCUCCAGCUGCCUGGGCUCUUUGCUUACGCUAAGCACAUUGUGAAAAUUGAUGGAAAGCAAGGCCUGUUUAAAGGCCUAACUCCCCGGCUAUGCGCAGGAGCCAUUGGGACGGUCGUACAUAGCAAGGUGCUGCAGAACUAUCAAGAGAUGAAAGAAACUGAGUGUUUAGAAUUGGGAAAGCUUGCAGAUCGGUCUUCGUUGCAUCGUGUGUUUGAAGAGACAAUGCGGGAGAUGAUUGCUCGCUCCACAGCCACUAUUGUCACCCAUCCCUUCCAUGUGAUCACCUUGAGAUGUAUGAUACAGUUCAUUGGGCGGGAAACCAAGUACAGUGGGAUAUUCGGUUCAGUAGUAACAAUCUACCGGGAAGAAGGUUUCCUAGGCUUCUUUGCCGGCCUGAUCCCUCGACUCCUGGGCGACAUGAUUUCUUUGUGGCUUUGCAAUUUGCUGGCGUACGUCAUCAACACCUACAUACUGGAGCCCCCCAGCCAGGGCUCACAGAUUGGAGAGCUGAGGAGUUACUCGCAGGCUGUGACUGGGUUCCUGGCCAGUAUGCUGACUUACCCCUUUGUUCUUGUCUCCAACCUGAUGGCAGUCAAUAAUUGUGGUCUGGUUGGUGGUCUCCCUCCCUACGCUGCUGUGUACAGUUCAUGGAUUGAUUGCUGGCGCCAGUUGAGCAGAGAGGGGAACAUGAGCCGAGGGAACAGUCUGUUUUUCCGGAAGGCUCCGGCUGGGCGGAAGUAUGCACUUGACCAGAAAUGAUUUGUGUAGAUGCAUGUUGGCGAGGAGCUGUGAAUGGGGAGGACGGGGUUGUGGGCAAACGGGGGGUGGUGGGACCUGAUUUGUAUGAUUUUUGUUUACAAUGAUGUACCUGCAGUUUUUAAUGAUGUGUUGUUGAUCCACACUGGCAUAAUAUGUUUUAUGAUGGAAUGAGAUGGUCUGAUUGAAAAGAGAAACACUUUUACUUUAAUUCCCUCGAUGUUAACCAGGGAUUAGUAGGAAUGAUCUGUGCGAGGUGUUCCAGGGUAUGCCAUGUCAUUGGGGAUGAGGCACUCCACCAAGGCACCAUUCGAAGAUAGUAACGAGACUUGGAGCAUGGGUGGAGGAAGCGAGGAGAAUUCCAUACACAAGCAGUCACUCGCUUCCCCUGUUCCUCUUGCAACCUCAACAGUGACUGUUCAAUGGAGACAGGAUCUCCAAAGGAUCAUGCGCUGGUGACGCUCUCUUUCUCUCUCUCUCUCUCUCUCUUUCUCUCUCUCUCUCUCUCUCUCUCUCUCUCUUUCUCUCUCUCUCUCUCUCUCUUCUCUCUCUCUCUCUCUCUCUCUCUCUCUCUCUCUUUCUCUCUCUCUCUCUUUCUCUCUUUCUCUCUUUCUCUCUUUCUCUCUCUCUCUCUCUCUCUUUCUCUCUCUUUCUCUCUCUCUCUUUCUCUCUCUCUCUCUCCUCUCGCUCUCUCUCUUUCUCGCUCCCUCCCCUUGCUCCCUCUUUCUCUCUCGCUCUCUCUCCACACCGACACCUCACCAGGAGAGGGGACAGUACUGAAGACAUCACAUCCUCACCCCAGCGUCCGUUCUCCGUGUGUCAGCUCACUUGAGGUACAGCAGCCAAGCCUGAUGCUAUCCAGGAUCUGCUGCGUAGCGGUUAGGCCCUGGGACCCUGACCAAUUCCCCACCUCAGCAGCAGGUGUGCUGAACUAUAGCCUGACCUGCAAGCAGCUAAAUUGGCAGAGACCACGGAUCUUCUCCCAGGUUCUCGCCUCCUUCAUUUUCUCAGCAUGCGACAUGGCAUGCGUGUGCCCUCCAGCCAACAGGGAGAGGCAGUUGUAGGUUUCCUCGGUUUUAUUUACAAAUUAGUUUGCUUUAUUUUCCUAAUCUCGCAACUAAGGUUCCAGUCAGCUGACGCCAGGUUGGCUGAUGUGAAUGUUUCCAAACCUGGUGCUUCAACCCCUGGGACAGCUCUACCUUCAGUGACUGUUCCCCCCCCAACCAGCAGUGAGAAGUGGCGUACAGCCCUGGUGCUGCACUGGUGCCUCUCGGACCGAGGUACCGCUGUUAUCGACAGACCUGCCAGGCUAGGAUGCAUUAUCUGCCACGUGUUGAAGACUGUUCAAUAAAGCAGGUCUGUGCAGUG